UGAAACGGAAGUAAAGUUGACAGAAAACGAAUCCUCUUGUAUUUCUCCGCUUUUCUCUCCAUUGCACACGAUUUCCCCACCGAUUUGCUCUCCAUUUUUACCACGAUGACCGACCUGGACCGCCAGAUCGAGCAAUUGUAUCGCUGCGAGAUCCUCGAGGACUUCGAGGUGAAGCGCCUGUGCGCCAAGGCCCGCGAGAUCCUGGCGGAGGAGGCCAAUGUGCAGCGCCUGGACACCCCGGUGACCGUGUGCGGCGACAUCCACGGCCAGUUCUACGACCUGAGGGAGCUGCUCAAGGUGGCCGGCCAGGUGCCCGAGAAGAACUUCCUCUUCAUGGGCGACUUCGUGGACCGGGGCCACUUCAGCCUGGAGACCUUCCUGCUGCUCCUGGCCCUCAAGGUGCGCUAUCCCGACCGCAUCGCCCUGAUCCGCGGCAACCACGAGUCCCGCCAGAUCACCCAGGUGUACGGAUUCUACGACGAGUGCAUGACCAAGUUCGGAUCAUCCGAAAUCUGGCGCUGCUGCACGGAGAUCUUCGAUUAUCUUAGCCUGGCGGCCGUAAUCGAUGGCAAGGUGUUCUGCGUACACGGCGGCCUGUCGCCGUCCAUUCAAUAUCUGGACCAGAUUCGCCUCCUCGAUCGCAAGCAGGAGGUGCCGCACGAGGGGCCCAUGUGCGAUCUACUCUGGAGCGAUCCGGAGAACCAGAUCGGCUGGGGAGUGUCGCCGCGUGGCGCUGGCUACCUCUUCGGCUCGGAUGUGGCUGCCAUGUUCAACCGCGCCAACGAUCUGGACCUCAUUUGCCGCGCCCACCAGCUGGUCAUGGAGGGCUACAGGUGGCACUUCGACCAUUCCGUCCUGACUGUGUGGUCUGCCCCCAACUACUGCUACCGGUGCGGCAAUGUGGCUGCUGUGCUGGAACUGGACGAGUCCCUUGGCCGCGACUUCAUCAUUUUCGACGCAGCUGCGAAGGAGAAGCGCCGCUUUCCCACCAAGAAGCCACAAGCGGAAUACUUCCUCUAGGAGGGUCACAGUCGUCUCCAGCUUUUUAAGUAACUAACUAAUACUGAAGAGUAAAUGGGGAACUUUCUUCUAAGUCAUCUAAGGAAAUUGCCAUCCUGCCUAAGAAACCUGCGCUUUGUAUAUACAAUCUUAUAAGGGAAAAAACCCCUGAAUAAUGCCAAUUUCUCAGCAAGAAAAAAGCUGUAGAAUUUACUAUGUAAUAUUAUGUAAGCAAAGCUGUAAGUACCACCCACAUAGGGUUCUUCCUAAAAUAAAGAA